AGAAAAUUAAAUUGAAAAGUUCGAAAGUUUUUGCGGAACAUUUUAUGGUUGAUUUCAAUGGCCUACCUAUAAACCUGUCAGAAGCUCAGGAUGUACCUGAUUGGUUUGACAGGGGGUAUAGCAAGUGGGAAGAGCACAGUAUCAAAGCGACUGGCUGAAUUUGGGUGCCCUAUAAUAGAUGCUGAUCUAAUAGCUAGAGAAGUUGUUGAACCAGGGAAACCAGCUUGGAGAAAGAUUAAAGAAACAUUUGGGGCAGAUGUAUUUUUCCCCGAUGGCCAGCUAGACAGAAAACAAUUGGGAGAAAUUGUAUUUAGUGAUGAGAAUAAGCGAAACCAACUUAAUACAAUCACACACAGAGAAAUCGCAAAAGUCAUGAUUCUAGCUAUACUAAAGUGCUUUGCUUCAGGAUGUCAGUUUGCAGUAUUAGAUGUGCCUCUUUUAUUUGAAACAAAAAGAUGGCUAUCAGUGGUUAGCAAAGUUGUUGUGGUAACAUGUGAUGACCAGACUCAGCUUGAUAGACUGAUGAACCGUGAUGACUUCAGUAUUGAAGAGGCUCAGAAGAGAAUAAAUGUUCAAAUGCCAUUGGCUGAAAAAUGCAAGCGUGCAACUCACAUCAUUGACAAUUCUAAAGACAUUAAAUACUUGAACUCCCAGGUCAAUGAUUUAGUGAAACAAUUUCAAAAGUCAUAUGAACAGUGGAAAAUACGAAGUGUGUUAUUGUCUGGUUUAGGGAUGUUCAUAUUCACAAGCAUUUAUCUGUAUAAUACAUUAGUUAAAUAAAAUGAAUAUGUACUAGAUAUUAAGAUUAAAUAAUCUGCAGUUUUGUAUCAUGAAUAUUAAUUUUUGCAAUGUCAGCCUAUUUUGGCCUGAUUGAAUAAAGGUCAAGUAAGGUCAUUCUCUUGUUUGAAAGCCCCAUUUAAAUCAGAUUUUGCUUCCCUUUCCAGAAUGCACCUUGAUGCAGAUGUUCAUAUUGUAAUAUGUAUAUAAGUGAUUUACCACUGUCACUAUAUAUCUUUGGAUAUACUAUAUAUCAAGUAUAAUCACACCAGAAUGGU